AGAUGGAUAUAAACUCCAAACUGGGACUCGAUAGAAAAAUGGGUUCUCUCUAUUUCCUCUCCUUCUCAUGGCGCUCACAGCCUCAACCAAUGCUCUCCCUUUUAUCUCCCUCGCUAGAACAAAUAAACCAUCUCCCAACUUCAUCAGCCCAUUACAUCUCCCUUGCUACAAAUCCAUUUCUAAUCUCACAACAGUUCGAACUCAAUGCGAUGUCUCGGUCUCAGUGGCCUUCAAUCCCUCAGGAAAUUUCGACCUCUCGCUCACCGCGGACGAGGAGGACAAUCAAGUUGAAGCACCGCUCCCCCCAACUGAAGGGCGUCUUGAAAUCAUAAUUAAUAACGACACUAUAAAAAGUCUCGACUUAUCUCCUGUUUAUGCAAUUGCUGGAAAUACCGCUAGUACAGCAGAUAGUUUCCCUGCCAAACCCAAAGAGCUUCUGGAACGUACAGUUGGCUUUACAAUCAAUUAUGAAAGAGACGAUCCAUAUGAUAAUCGUGAACUCUCAGAAUUUCCUGAAAUUAGGCUAUGGUUUGUGAGACUUGAUGCCUCUUAUCCUUGGUUUCCUGUUGUGCUAGACUGGAGAGCUGGAGAACUUGCUCGUUAUGCAGCAAUGCUAGUACCUCAUCAGAUGAGCAUGAGAAUGGGCAUUGUGUUCAACCCUGAGGCCCUGGAGUUGUUUGUUAUGAGCAAGGCCUUUACUGUGUAUUCCUGGUUGAAGGAACAGAAUGUUCCAAAGCCAAAAUUAAAGACAAAAGAUAUGGCCAGGAUGCUCGGCUUUGGCUUGGGAGAUGAAUUGUUUGACUUGGUUGAAAAACAUCCUUUGAAUCCUUCAUGAUGUGUUAAAUGUUGGAUUGAAGCGAAUCAUCUGGAUUUAAGAAUGACACCCUCACUGACUCUGGCACUUUGUCUCUGAUCAUUAUGGAUUAUUUCUUGCAGCUUACAUGAACAUUAAAUCCAGAAUGCAAUAUUCUCUGCUAGAUAUGGGAGCGCCGUAAUGCAAAGUUUUGAUCAAAGCUUCUAGUAUUAAGGUUUUGCUUAGCUUAGGCACUGAACCUGCAAACCCUCACAUUUGUAUAUGGUAUUUGUUUGAAAGAGUGAACAGUAUGUCCCCAGAAAGAUUUUCUAUUGUAAAAGAGACAGUUGGUACGUGCAGUCCAUCUACUUAUGUUUUAGCAGUUUCAUUUA